AUGUUUCCAUAUGCACCUACACCGAUAUUUACGAUGCAUCCGCAACAUCGUCAACAACAACAACAACAACAACAACAACAACAACAACAACAACAGCAACAGCAACAACAACAGCAAGCAAUGUAUGCUCAACAAAGACAACAACAUGCUAAUAUGUUGUUUUACCAAAUAAAUCAAUUACGUUCCAUGCAACCUAAUUAUACAAAUCCUGCACUUACAUCUGCCAGAUUUAUGCAACAGUCAAUGGAACAACAAAAACAACAGCAACCAUAUCGAACUGAUCAAUUAGUACCACAAUCUUCACCACCAGUAACAACUCCUGUUCAACAAAAACAACAACAAAUUCAACGUUCUAGUCCAAUGAGUAUAAUGACAAUAGGUUCACCAAAUUCAUGGAUGGAUAGUAGUUUAUUACAAAAUGCAGAAUUGUUUCGACCCAUCAUUCGUACAGCAUCCAAUACAAAGCUCGAUAUUGUAUCUUAUAUUAACUCAAAUAAUAGUGUCGGAAGUACUACUUCCAUACCGUCAAUAGUCAUGCCAUUUGAAUCACCUAAACAAAGUCGUCAUCAUCGUUCAAAGCGUCGAUCGUCAUUAGGCAAUCAUCGUCGACGUCAACGACUUCAUAGUGGAUCAAGCUGUUAUGAAUCUGAUUUAGCAGAGUUUUUAAGUCAAGAUGAUGAUGAUUUUGAGUGGCGUUCAGCAACUUCAAAGGCAUUGACAUCAAUGUCACCACCAUCAAAAAGGCGAUCAAGUUCAGCAGGUCGAUCAAAUUUCUUGAACAAUGAACAAAUUUCAAAUAAUAGAUAUCGAUCAUCAUUGAAUAAUAAUGGUUCUUUUCCCGCUAAUGAUCAAGCUGUUGAAUUAAAUACAAAUCAUAAUUCAUCACCAAAACAUCAUAAUAAUAGUCCUUCUCCAUUUAAACUUAUUCAAUAUAUUGAACACAAUAUUAUUGGUAAAGAUUAUAUUUUUCAAGGGCCAUGGGGUGUAAGACGAAUGAUCUAUUGCGAUUAUACUGCAUCUGGUCGACCAUUACAAUUUAUCGAAAAUUAUAUCAAAACACAUGUACUACCUUUAUAUGGUAAUACACAUAGUGAAACAAGUUUAUGUGCUCAACAAUCAACAAAAUUUCGUGAAGAAGCUCGUGAUAUUAUUAAAAAAUCAGUUAAUGCUAAUGAACAUGAUGUUUUAUUAUUUACUGGUAAUGGUUCAACAGGUGCUAUUCAUACACUUGUUGAUACUUUUGAUCUUCAUGAGGAACAUAUUCGACGAAAUACAGUUGUUAUUAUUAGUGCAUUUGAACAUCAUAGUAAUAUUUUACCAUGGAGAGAAAAAGAUGUAGAAAUGGUUCGAAUACCGACAACACAACAAGGUGUAUUUGAUAUAGAAGUAUUAGAAGGAUAUUUACGAUAUUAUUCACAAUUAAAUAAACGUAUUCUUUGUUCAUUCAAUGCUGCCAGUAAUAUCUCUGGUAUUCUAACUGAUGUUGAUUCUAUAUCAGCACUUGUUCAUUCAUUUUCUGGUUUGGUUUUUUGGGAUUAUGCAACAGCUGCACCAUAUGUUAAAAUUAAUAUGAAUCCAUCAGCUAUAGCUUAUAAAGAUGCUAUAUUUAUAUCUACACAUAAAUUUGUUGGUGGACCGAGUACACCAGGCAUAUUAAUUGCUAAGAAACAUUUAUUUAGUUUAAAACCUCCUAAAGCAUGUGGUGGUGGAACAGUUAAUUUUGUUACUCGUACAUGUCGUGAAUAUAAUUAUGAUAUUGAAACUCGUGAAGAAGGUGGUACACCAGAUGUAAUUGGUUGUAUACGAGCUGGUCUUGUUUUUCAAUUGAAAGAUUCAAUUGAUGCAAAUUAUAUGCAAAUGCGUGAAGAUGCAUUAGUUAAACGAUUCUAUCGACAUUUUAAAAAAACAAAAACAUUAAUUCUACUUGGUUCACAAACAGCUCCACGUUUACCAAUAUUUUCAUUUCUUAUCUAUGUUCCUAGUAUAUGCAAAUAUUUACAUCAUAAUUUUGUUUGUCUUUUAUUAAAUGAUUUAUUUGGUAUACAAGUUCGAUCAGGUUGUGCUUGUGCUGGACCAUAUGCACUUGAUUUAUUAAAUGUUGAUGAUGCAAAAACAGAUAUUUAUUGUUUGUUUAUGACCGAAGAUGUUGAACUUCGAGAAAAAGAUCAAGUUGUUCGAACGAUGAUGAUGAAACCGGGUUUUACACGCCUUAAUUUAUCAUAUUUUGCUAAUGAUGAUGAUAUUGAAUAUGUUCUUAAAGCUGUUCAAUUUGUUGCUACACACGGAUGGAAAUUUCUACCACUAUAUACUUAUAAUCCAGUUACAGCUGGAUGGACUCAUCGUAGUGGUUUUCAAUUAGCUCAAACAAGUCUUGAAGAGAUAACAUACAGAUCUGGUAAAAUGCAAUAUUAUCGUAAUAAAAAAGAAUCAUUAUCGUCACGUGAUGGAAAAAUUCUCUCAGAUCCAUUUCGUGAAGCAAAAUUACUUGCUUCUAAUGCUGUACAUCGUGCAAUUGAUUCCAUUGAUUAUACAUCUGAUCCACCAUUAAAUGUUCCAGACAAAUAUAAACAUUUAAUUUGGUUUGCAUUACCUAUUAAUAUUGCUUUAAUGAUGAUUAAACAAAAAGACAAUGUAGAAAAAAAACAUUGCAAUAUUGAUUCAAUUCCAUUUAUACCAUUAGAUGCCAAGAAAAGACUUGUUGAUUUAGCUAACGCAAAUGAUUUAUCGAAUGGCAAUCAAAAUCGAAAGACACAUCAUUCAAUUCAUAAUUCAUCAUCAUCUCGUAUUCGAUAA